UUGCUGAGCCACGAGUUCGAGAUCCAUUCGAGGAUGUUGAUUCAGGUGAAUGACCGUGUAGAGUUAUUAGACUACAGUAAUUCUACGCGUGUUCGACCGGCUAGGGUCAAAAAAGUGGUGGGACGCCGAAUAUGCGUUCAUGUGAAGGUGGAAGACUUUGAUGGUGACGUGGAUGAUGACGACCGCCAGGUAUUUGGUGAAGAGUCUGAGUUCUGGGUGGAUCAGUCGAGUUUCUAUUUGUUCCAUGUCGGUUGGGCAUGUUAUAACAAUUACGGCUUGGGAUCUACGAAGGAAUACAGAAAACAUGCCCAGAAAAUCGCCGAGGCUCUUACCACGAAUAGUAACGAUUUAUUGAAUGAUCGUACAAAGAGAAACGAUGUCACGCCGGCAAAACUGCGCUCUUGGAACAUCAACAAGGUGCCGCUUGGUUGGCAAAAAGGGAUGCGAUUCGAAUUAAUGGAUCCACUAGCACAAAUGUUCAAUGAAUUAAGAGUAGCUAGUGUCCUGGAAGUGUUAAAGGGUGGCUACCUUCGUGUGGGUAUGGAUGGUCCUGACGUGGAAUCUGAAUGCAUACCGCUUCAUUGUACCAGCCCGUUCAUGUUUCCCGUUGGAUACGCUGAAAAGUACGGCAUCAAAUUAGGAGGACCCAAUGAUACUGAAAAGUUUGACUGGAACGAUUAUCUACAGCAAUCUGGAGCAAUUGCUGCGCCGGAAUCACUGUUCCGUCCCAUUCCUGAUGAGAAAUAUAUUACAUUUGUUUCGCAGAUCGGUGCUAAGCUCGAAUCUUCUGACAUGUGCGAGAACCACUUAGUCUGUCCGGCUACAGUUGCUGCCCAUAAAGGACGUCUGCUGCAAAUCCAUUUCGAUGGAUGGGAGGACUCAUACGAUCAGCUCUUCGAUGUGCAUUCCUGUGACAUAUUCCCUCUUGGUUGGAGCGAAAUGCAUGGUUACAAGCUUGAACCACCUAAAGCCGAAGAAGAGCCUCCUAAGAAGAAAAAGAAAAAAGGCUAA